AUGAAGCCAGUGAAUUUAACCAGGACCUUGGAUUUCCAACUCCUGGGAUUCUCUGAUGAUUCAGAACUGCAGCUUUUCUUUUUUGGGCUAUUCUUGACAAUGCAUGUUGUCACAGUGCUUGGAAAUCUGCUCAUCAUUCUGGCUGUCUGCUCAGACUCACACCUCCACACCCCCAUGUUCUUCUUUCUCUCCACACUUUCAUUGGCUGACAUUGGCUUCAGUAGCACUACAAUCCCCAAAAUGCUGGUGAACAUCCAGAUAAACAGGAAAUCCAUCACCUCUGUAGGAUGCUUAACUCAGGUGUUCUUUUUUUUUUUCCUUUUUGGAUAUUUGGAGUCUCUAUUGUUGUCUAUAAUGGCCUUUGCCUGUUUAGUGGCUAUUGGUCAACCUUUAAACUACUCUAUCAUCAUGAGCCCCUGCAUAUGUAGUUUGUUAAUACUGGUAUCAUUUUCCAUUAGUGUUUUGGACUCCCUGGUACACUGCUUGAUGAUGGUAUCACAACUUACUUUCUGUACAUAUGUAGAAAUUCUUAAUUUCUUUUGUUAUCCUCCUCAACUCCUUAAGAUUUCCUGUGAUUAUAACUCAACAAAUAACAUAUUAAUAUAUGUUAUUGGUGCUGUCUUUAGUUGUGUGCCAGUAUCAGGGAUUCUUUACUCUUAUAUAAGAAUUAUUUCCUCUGUUUUGAGAGUCCCAUCAAUCAGUGGGAAAUACAAAGCCUUCUGUACCUGUGACUCUCACCUCUCAGUUGUGUACUUAUUUUAUGAAACUGGCCUGGGGGCAUACUUUAGUUCUGCCAUUUUACAUGCCCCCAGGGAGGUUUUGAUAGCCUCAGUGAUGUAUACCAUGGUCACACCUAUGCUCAACCCCUUUGUCUACAGUUUGAGGAACAGGUAUAUCAAGAGAGCCCUUGGGAGGCUUCUUAGCAAAUCUAAGAUCCGUCAAUUUUAA